AUGAGGGGGGAAUGCAAGCUUACAACGUGGCACCCUUUCCAGCGCCAAGAGCUGGAGCACACAUUAGCCACGUGGGCCAAGAACAAAAGCACAGGGCCCGAUGGAAUUUCCCAUGAAGCAGCCAAAGCGCUCCUUGCAGAUCCGUACUGGGGGGACAAGAUCCUUUACACCCUCAAUGCGAUUUUCUACGUGGCGAAAGUUUCUGAAAGUGUUGACAGAGACAUCACGGUGCUCCUCCCAAAAAUCCCCCAGCCAUUGCAAUGGGGGGAUACCCGACCCAUCACGCUCAGAGCCUUCCUUCAAUGGGCACGUAAAGGCAGACAGGGGGUGGAACUCGUUGCCAUCAUCCGACGCGUGGCACGCGACUGGGGGGUGUGGAUGUGGCUGGUCAAAUUGGACAUACGCAAGGCCUUUGACAGCGUCUGGCAACAUAGCAUGAGCGAACUGGUGGCUGCAAGAGUCGGGGGGGUUCCAUCCACGCGGUGUCCAGUCUCACAUGAUGGCGGCGGCAUGCCAUGGGACGCACUCCUUUGGCUAAGCAUUCUCCACACCCGCACACUUAACAUCGCGGUGGGGGACACCAUCGCUCCCAUACCACAAGCCAACGGGAUCCGACAAGGGUCACCUGACCUGUUCGGAGCCAUUGUGGCGCGAGACCUCCAGAAGGCAGUCGAAACAGCGGGGGAACAACCUCCCGACCCAAAAGGGGGACCACCACCACACAGGACAGGAGGAUCCUUCCUCGAUGACACCUACCUGUGGAGCCAGGACCGAGACCACCUUCAACGAACUCUCUGUUCUCUGGAGAAAGAACUUGAAGAAGACGGCCUCAAAACACAUCCCACGAAGACAGCCAUCCUCUACAGCAAACCGACGGGAGGGGGCAGCCAACUCACUGCAGAUGCAACACCUGAGGGGGAUGUUCUUCCUACAUCGCCGACCUACCGAGCAAUGGGCCGCGUGGCACACAAGAAGCCUGCGAACAGCGGAGGGGAAGAGGUCAAUGCCAUGGUCACUUGGAAAAACAUGGCUUUUCGGCGCGAGCAACAAAAUAAGCCCCGCAAACAUCGUGUAACGCACGUUGGCCAUUUCAACCCGGAAUCUGAUGUCGAGCGGGCCAUCGAAGCUAUUGCUGGAACGCAUUGGGGGGAGGUGGCACAAGACCGCAAGAAAUGGCAGGACUUGACACCAGCCUUUACAGCCAGGUUUGAUGUGCCGUGGGCUACCGGCAAGCAACAAGCAAUCCAGGACAACCUCCUCCACCGACCACCGCCACACUCACAGCCUAAUGACGACCAGUUCGGAAAACACUGUGUAAUGGACAGCACAUGGGGGGAGCUGCGACUUGUGUCCCUUGGGGGGAGCACAACACCACACUUGCAACCUUUGGAACCACCACCACCACAUAGCACACUAAGCACCGAGAGCGACCGCCACAAGAAGAACCACACAGUCGGGGGAGUCAAGACGAUCUGCGAAGCCAUGACAGACGAAGCAGAUGAACAGAGUUAUAUCUGCAACAGUGGCAAUUUGGGGCGCCACACUCCGCACGGGCUAGCCCCUGGCUGCAAGUACUACGGGGUGCCUCCGGAGCUGGGGGAAGCACAAAGUGCUGAGCUGAUCGACCGCUUGGCGGACUUUGGCUGCGAGACAAUCAUGAUGCUGAAGUUGUUUGGGGGGGCCACGCGCAGAUACAUACAAUGGAGCAAUUGGCCGAGGCACCGCUUACUGCGAAGGACCUCCACACGACGUGCAGACUUCGCUUCCAAAAAGAACUCAAACUCCCGUCUCCACAGCUCCGGACGGGGAGGAGCGGGGGGAUGCAGCCGGCGCCAGUGCCACCUACGCCCCCUACCUCUCCAACUGACCAUUCGCAGAGCAGUGUGGGCCAAGCUUUGCCCACUACACCUCCUUCCUCGUCAACCGUCCAAGGAACACCGCCGCCUCUACAAGCUAGAGUCCAUGAGGGGGACGCCAAAGUCAACGACGGUCAGGACAGUAGACUGGAAUGACCCCGCGGGGGAGAUGGUGCCAGUUUCUCCGGACUGCUUGGAAUCUGGCAGUGAGCGGGAUCUUCAGUGGGUGGGCGACAACAGACAGCCACUCACACCACCACUGUCGGAUGAAGAGACAAUGACCUCGGACAAUUGUGACGCCGCCCAGCGAGAGUCUGCCCCAUCAACUGGGCCUCCAGGGGAACCAGCCACUGAGGAACAUGCAGCAGAGCAGCUCUAUGCCAGAGUCUUACAGGAUAUUGACGACGAGGGGGAACGCUACGCCAUGAAGCUCCGCGAGAAAAAGGCCCAGCAGUUUGUAGUGACGGGGAAAAGCAGCUCCCACCAAGCGCGGAGCCUCCGUGUCACCAAGCCCAACCGCGCAGUCGGGGGGGACAUGACACCCACGACCUCGACAGGGGGAGGACCGAGCAUCUCCCAAGCAGUGCUGCGUGUCGCAAGAGAGGCGGAUGCAGCUUACCGAUUGAGCGGGGAGGCCUCGUCUUCUACCAGAACGCACCCCACUGGUGCUGCGCCAGACAAGCCUCCACUGAAACGCAAGCAGCAGGGAGAGCAGUGA